CUCAAAUAAAUAAAGUUAUAUAGUUUUAUUUCGAUACCCUCAUGUUACUAUGGGUUUUAAUCACGACAGCUCUAAUGCUAUCCGUUCUCGUCAACAUGAUCGUUAAGCCGAAAAAAUAUCCACCAGGAACCACUUUCGUAGAGGGUCCUCUGUGGAAAGAACACAGAUUCUUCACAUUUAAAUAUUUAAGAAAUUUGGAUUAUGGAAAACAGAAAAUUAGAAAAAUAGAAUUACUAAGCGCUAGGUCGAAAAUCUUUACGAUGGCCGGAGGGUGGCUGAACCAAUGGCCUUUGCUAAGAUUUAUAGCACCUGAAUGGAGCGGUUAUGCUGUUAUUAAGAGUAUGAAUGAUCAACUAUAUGACAUUAUUAUUGAGUCAAUAAAUAAACACAAAAAUAAAUCAGUUAAAGGACCAGAUUUUAUAUAUGCCUUCAUGGAUGAAAUUAAUAAAAAUGAAGAAACGUACACAGGUGGGUAA